AGAAAACAAGAAGAUACAGAAACACUGACAGUACACACAGUCAAAUGUACAUAACCUAAUAUUCUGUUAUUUUGUACAAAUUUAAUUUGGAGCCAGAUACUGAAAAAAAAAAGUUUCACGAUGAGUUCGUCAAAACAUAAAGAUAAACCACACAAGAGCACCGAUUCACCGUCUGAAGAAAAACUUCGCGUUCUUUGUUUGCAUGGAUAUCGACAGAAUGGAAACACUUUUAAAUCAAAAAUUGGUGCAUUCCGAAAGCAUGGCCAGAAAUAUUGCGAAUUUGUAUUUUUAAGUGCACCACAUGUUGUUCAAGUGCCCAAAAGCGGCGAAUCAUCAAAAGAUGAAGAUGUAAUUCUAUGUCAAGAUGACGGCGAUUCAUCGACGACUAAAUCAACUGAAACAGAUUCGCCGAGAAGUUGGUGGUUUAAUAGCGAAGAUCGUACAUUCAAGGGAACAAACAAAAAUGGGCCAGCGUAUGGAUUCGAUGAGACCAUUCGUGCGGUUGAACAAGCAUGGGAAUUGCUUGGUCCAUUUCACGGUAUUUUGGGCUUCUCACAAGGUGCAUGUCUGGUUGGAUUACUAUGUAAUCUCAGUAGCCGAGGCAUGACAAAAAUCAAACCUCAAUUUGCCGUGUUGGCGGCAGGAUUUCGUUCUGGUAGUUUGGCACAUGCCAAUUAUUAUGAAGACCUGAUCUCCAUUCCAUCUUUACACAUAAUGGGUGAAACCGACGAAAUUAUUCCAAUUCAAAUGAGCAAAUCGUUGGCAACGUGCUUUGAAGAACCAACAUUUGUCGAACAUUUGGGCGGACAUUACUUUGCCGCAACAACCCAACAGAGACCACAUUAUGUGGAAUUUUUCAAGAAACGCUUAAUCGAACACCUAGAACAAAAAGAACUUGAACGAGAAGAUGCUGUGAUUGUCGAUCCACUAGAUAGCAUUCCAUCAACGUCAGCUAAUAUGUCCGACGAUUCCGAUUGAAUAUGUGUUCACUGUACAUGGAUCGAUUUUCAAUUAUUCUAAAAACAAAAUAGCACAUAAAAACCAUCAUGUAUUCAAGUAUCUGUGCAUAUUUUUCCAAUUUAUCGAGUAGGGGCCUGAAUUUGAAAUGAUAUUUGUAAGAAAUAAAGAAAAAUGUUAUCAAUUAAUAUGUAGUUAUUACAUGGAUAAAUAAAAAAAAAACGUUUAUUUAUACAGAAA